AUGAUCAUGAUUAGAAUUAUCCGACUCCGAUUGUUUCCUUACUACCAUUGUCUGGAAUUAAGCAUUGGCUUAGCUUGGCUUGGACCCCCACGCGAUAUUUUAAAUAGACCCUUACUGACAUAUACACAUUCUUGUAGCAUUCUGGAAAGCAUUACUAAGAUUUUGUCACGAUUAAAGCUAUCCGACUCCGGUUGUUUUCUUAAUACUAUGCCUGGAAUUAAGCAUUGCCUUGACUUGUCUUGGACCCCCACGCGAUGUUGCAAACCACACACAUACUACUUCUGUGACCUAUGGCUGGUCUCCUGUCUCUUUGGUGCCUUGAUCUUGUUUAUAUCUAUAUCUCAUCUCCUUCCUACGCUGCACUUCCGAGACGGUACACUUACAUCUCGUCGCAAUUCAAAAUAA